AGCCUCAGAGCAGCGUCUGGCAGCCUCUCCGCUGCAGAUUCUCUCUGUGAUCCGGACUGAUCCCGACCCGCAGCCGGAUCUGAGCCGGACCUUUUGUUCAAGACUGACAGACGACAGAGCCGGACCGGACCGGACCGGACAGGCAGACAGACAGGCAGACAGACAGACAGGCAGCCUGUCUCCCUGCUCCAGCCCGCAGAGCCGCCCGGACCCGCAGCCUCAGGAUCAGCGGGAGCUGCAGCAGCAUGUGUCAGUGUGAGGGUGAGACCUGCUGCAGCCACGCAGAGCGACAGGCACUUUGAGCCACAGACAGGUUCCUGCUGCUGAUCGCACACACAGAGAGACAGACAGGCAGCAUGGCAGCACUGACGCUGUGUGUGUGUGUACUGCUGCUGCUGCUACCCGUCGCACCAGCGGCUCAGACAGAAGAGAGAGAGUGUGCGUUUGCUGACAGGCAGUGGGCGGAGCUGCAAGACGGACCGGCCAAUGAGCAUCGAGGGACGGUGUGGGAGAACGCCACUGUCCGCUGCACCCACGGCUCCCGCUGCUAUGGAUUAUGGGAAAAGAGCCAAGAUGGGGAGAUCCACCUGGUCAAGCAAGGCUGCUGGACGCACAUCGGCGACCAGCAGGAGUGCCUUGGCGACCGUUGCCUGGUAACAGCGACGCCAUCCCAGAUCCAGAAUGGCAGCUACAGAUUCUGCUGCUGCAGCCGGGACCUCUGCAAUGUCAACUUCACGGAGGCCCCGCCCACCGAGCCCACCGCCGCCCUGAGCCCGGACCCCCAGCCGCUGCCGCGAGAGGAGACGCUGCUCAUCGUCCUGGUAACCGUCACCAUAGCAGCCAUCCUCGUCGUGGGCCUGUUCCUGGGAUACCGCAUGCUGACAGGGAACCAGAAGCAGGGUCUCUCCAGUCUGGAUGUGAUGGAGGCGGCGAGCUCAGAGCCUGCAGUGGACCUGGACAACCUGAAGUUGCUGGAGCUGAUUGGUCGGGGGCGUUACGGCUCGGUGUACCGCGGCUGUCUUAACGAGCGCUGCGUCGCCGUCAAGCUCUUCAGCUCCGCCAACCGCCACAACUACGCCAACGAGCGCGCCAUCUACCGCCUGCCGUUGCUACGGCAACACGACAACAUCGCCCGCUUCCUGGCAGCUGAUGAGAGGAUGACGGCGGACGGGCGGAGCGAGUACCUCAUCGUGAUGGAGUACUACCCACACGGCUGUCUGUCUCGCUACCUGUCUCUCCACACAGCAGACUGGCUGACUUGUUGCAGGAUGACUCACAGCCUGACCAGAGGACUGGCCUUCCUGCACACUGAGCUCUGCAGAGGAGACCAGUACAAGGCGGCGGUGUGCCACCGGGACGUGAGCAGCAGGAACGUGCUGGUGCGGGCCGACCUGUCCUGCGUCCUCGCCGACUUCGGGCUGUCCAUGAAGCUGACAGGGAGCCGCCUCGCCCGCCCCGGAGACGACGACAGCAUGGCCAUAUCUGAGGUGGGCACGGUGCGCUACAUGGCCCCGGAGGUGCUGGGCGGGGCCGUGAACCUGCGGGACUGUGAGUCGGCGCUGAAGCAGGUGGACAUGUACGCCGUGGGUCUGAUCUACUGGGAGACCUUCAUGAGGUGCAGCGACCUGUUCCCAGGCGAGGCGGUACCUGACUACCAGCUGGCGUUCCAGGCGGAGACGGGGAACCACCCGAGCUUUGAGGAGAUGCAGAUCCUCGUGGCCCGAGAGAAGCAGCGGCCUCGCUUCCCCGACGCCUGGAAGGAGAACAGCCUGGCCGUGCGCUCUCUGAAGGAGACGAUGGAGGACUGUUGGGAUCAGGACGCCGAGGCUCGCCUCACGGCUCAGUGCGCCGAGGAGCGGCUGGCCGACCUCAGCCUGCUGAGCCCCGCCGCCGGCAGCACCGCCAUCCACAACCAGAGGAACCUCUCCUCCGGCCGCUGGCCUCCUCCAGUUGGCUCCUCCUCCUUCAUUGAGGACCUCCAGGUGGGCGGGGUCAAGAAUCUGCAAGGAGACGGUCACCUGGCAACGGUUAUCACGACAACGGCGACGGGCCGAGCUGGAGGAGCCACUGCUGUUGCUGAGAAGAACAGAAAUUAUGAACGACAACAGGCGCAGAGUCAGGCUCGCUCGUCCUCGUCAGACGGCAGUGUGAGUGUGUCAGCUAGCUCGCCCGGCACCGUGCUCAGCACCGUCUCUGAGUCUGAACACACAGGUGGCGCUGUGCUCAGUGUCCCGGUCUGCCUGCAGCUGACAGAGGAGGACCUGGAGGCCACCAAGCUCGACCCCAAAGAGGUUGAUAAAAACCUGCGAGAAAGUUCCGAUGAAAACCUGAUGGAGCAUUCCCAGAAACAGUUCAGCUCCGAUCCCCAAAACCCCAACCUGCUGUUCCACCUGAGGCCGCCAAGCACCGAGGUGAACGGCUCUGUUGCAGCUCAGACUGAGCAGGGAGGGGCAGGAGGGGCAGAACCCCCUGCCCUUGCCACCAUCCACCCCCCACCUCCUCUCCCCAAACAGCAGAACCUGCCCCAGAGGCCCACCAGCCUCCACCUGCAGCCCAAAAUCAAGGAGAGCGCCUCGGCUGCCUCGCGGCUCAAGUUUGGAAAGCUCAAGUCCAACAACCGACAGGUGGAAACAGGUGUUGCUAAGAUGAACACGGUAACAGUUGCUGUGGCAGAGCCCCACCUGGUAACCACAGUGACCAACAACACCGGGACAACAGGCGGCAUCGCGGUCGGAAACAGCGUCCCGGUGACUGUGAUCGCCAACGGUUACAGCGCUGGGGUUCCCACCCUGGUGACCAACGGCAUGAUGGGAGGAGGCCGGACCAACCUGGCCGGGCCGCAGGUGGAGGAGGAGGAGAAGAUGGAGGGAGGCAUGAGUGGAGGAGAGGACAGCCGCCUGAACCUCCUCAAUUCUAGUCCUGACGAACACGAACCACUGCUGAGCCGCGAGCAGCCUCCUGCCGAGAGGGACCACCUCCCUCACCACCACCACCACCAUCAUCAUCAUCAGUCGAGGGCAGGGAGCAUCCUGUCUGGACGUGGCUCAAACUCCAACAACAACAACAACAGGCUGACACAGGGGUCAGAGGUCAGCAUCCACAUGUCAACAGUGGUGACAGGUGAGAGGCUGACAGGGUCGCAGGUUGGAGGAGGGCGGGACAUCAGCUGUCCAAAACCCCUCCAGGCUCUGCCCUCGGCAGCUCAGCAGGUCAGGGAGGAGGGACUGCCUACUGAUGGUCCAGUUUCCAGCAACACCCCAAUAGUACAGAUCCCGCCCACUGCCCAGGUCAAAGGUUACCGCUCUGAACCAGAUGCACACAAUCAGUUGGCCCCUGGACCUGCCACAGUGUUGCCCCCUGCACCUGUCCCAGUGUCAGUCCCUGUUCCUACCUUUGUGUCGGCCCCUGCACCUGUCCCGGUGUCGGCCCCUGCACCUGUCCCGGUGUCGGCCCCUGCACCUGUCCCGGUGUCGGCCCCUGCACCUGUCCCGGUGUCGGCCCCUACACUGAGCAGCGCCCCAGAGGCGCAGGUCCUCCACUCUGUGGUGAUGCUUUCUGCAGCGUCUGAGAUGGGUUCUGACACCAGCCCAGAUCAACCAGCAGCUCCUCCUCUGGAAGCCACAGAGGCCCCAGAGGCCCCAGCAGCCCCAGAGGCCCCAGCGGCCCCAGAGGCCCCAGCGGCCCCAGCGGCCCCAGAGGCCCCAGCGGCCCCAGAGGCCCCAGCGGCCCCAGAGGCCCCAGAGGCCCCAGCAGUCCCAGAGGCCUCAGUGCCUGGAGGUGCGCUGGAGCCCCAAAUGCGACAGAACAAACCCAGGCGUCCGGAGCGGCCUUGCUCCUUGGACCUGUCCUCCUCCUGCACCUCCUCAGCUGACGUCUCUCUGUCAGAAGACUCUCGCAGCCUCUCAGGAGAGAAGAUCAAACGUCGCGUCAAGACACCAUAUGCCCUGAAAAAAUGGCGUCCGGCUACAUGGGUUGUUUCCAUGGAUACCAGCCUUGACAUCGACUUGGACACCAACAGCGGCAGCGGCGGUCACACCCACUUCUCCUCCAAUCACCAAAAGCCAGGAAGUGUCAGCAUCCCCAAAAUCAACCAGUCAAAAUCCAGCAUGGCAGUGUUCCUGGUCGGGGGCGGAGCCACAGCGACCAUGACCUCUGACCCCCGUGGGGUCACCUGCCUCUGAGGUGUCUUGUUCUGAGCAGGUUCAUCUGCCCCGCCUUCAUCUUUCGACGCAGCGGGGCUUGAACCUACAACCUGACACACACCACAGCAUAACACACACCACAGCA